AUGGAUGGCAUGUUCGAGACCGCUUUGAUGAAAAGACUCGGUUCAUCAGCUUUGCCUUCUUCUCCCCUUGGCAAAAGCAACAGCUACAGGCACAUGGGGGAGAUAUCCCCUGUAACUGGAAAAGGUGUUCCUGUUGUUUGGUUUCUGACAUCAAAUGAACAAAUCCCGACAAUUCGUGAUAUCUUACUGUGGCUUCGACAAGAUCACAAGUUCCAGCCAAAGACGUUCAUGACCGACUGUUGUCCAGCUUUGGCAGGUGCUAUCAAAGAGGCGUAUUCAGACUCAACUUCCCCGCCUCAGCUGUCCUGGUGCUUCUUUCAUGUUCUACGCGCGGCCCGUAAAAAGGCAAUCGAGUUGGCUGGUAAACAAAUAGCGGAAGACCUGGUCCUUGGUUUCAUCAAAAUAGCUUAUGCGGUCUCUCCUCAGGCAGCUUUUGAUCAAUUUGUCCAUGAGUGGGCAGAGUCUCAACCUCAAUUUGUCCAUUAUGUUCGUACUUUCUGGAUGAAGCAUGUAGCUCGCUGGGCAAGAAGUUAUGCACACCCAAACAACCAGGGAAUCCAUACAAACAACUAUGUUGAAGUAUGGCACCGGCUUCUGAAAGUUAUCUAUCUCCCUCGUCAUACACGCCUCCGACCCGACAACCUAGUACAUAUCCUUAUGAAAGAAGUUGAGCCUGAUUUCCGAAUUGCUUCUUCAAAAGUUCUGCUGGGCUUUCGUGGACCGCGAACAAAUAAAGCUCAGGAAAUUUCCAAACGUACUGCGGAUCAUUAUUCGGUGGAUGAUCUAUCUAUUCUGGGUGUCCGAAUUUUUCGCUUUCCUGGCCUAUUCCUCAUUGACUCACUUUCAAAUCCAUCAAGACGGACGUAUCUAGUCAAGUUCAAACCUGCGCGACAUCACUUGAAAGCGGAAGUUUCAAAUUGCAACUGUGAAGGCUUUUCUAAAGAGAAGGUGGCAUGCAAGCACAUGUACCUAAUCUCGAAAAACUUUGACAUGGUGAUAGUCGAGGACCCUAGCUCAAUCUUCACCGUACAGUGGCUCACUGGCCCUUAUGGGAACGUCCAUACACUUCAAACUUAUGCUUCAUACAUCAAAUCACAAUACCCUGAACAAUCAGAUCGGAUUCCACAACCCUGGCCCAUCGGUUUGAACACUGGUUCCGAUAAUCGUAUCUCUAGUGAUAUCACAUCAACAGUCUCUUCCUCCAAUCGUGAUUUGGCCAAUUCGGUUGUGGUGGAUGCCGAAACAGUGCAAGCUUCAAAUUCCUUUGUCGAGGCUCAAAUUUCGUCUUCUCCUCCCGGUGGCUCACCAUAUGAGUGGUUCGGAUCCGUGAUCGAAGCUUCUGUGAUGUGUUCAAUCGAUGUAGAUGAUCAAGCUGUCACAUCUUGUGGAUGUGAAAUGUUUCAAUUCACAAAGAAACCGUGUGGUCAUAUGUUUACUGUGUCAAAAGAAUUGGGACUGCCUAUUGUUUUCAACAGGAAUCCGACUGUCUCUGUUGAAAACACGGCUAUGCCAAUAAUUACUUGCAAGCUUCACUGUGGGCGUAAAUUGGUUACCGAGUGUAACUGUGAUCAUUUUCAGAACCUCAGCAAGCCCUGUUCUCAUAUGCGAAAAAUGUGCCGGACGCUGGGCCUUGAGUUAUACGUGUUGACAUCCGAUAGCGACAAUGGCUCAGAUGCGAGCUCUUCGAUUGAUUCCGAACAGCAUAUCAAGCGCUCCGAGGAAGAUCACUCCUUACCGCAAUCCGUCGAUCCGAAUGCCUUGGAACAGGUCUCAAAAACAAUUUCUCAUAGUGACUUUACCACUCCUUUAGUCAGAUCUACUUGCGCCACACUCAAACGCAUCACUAAUUCGUUAUCGAAGAAUGCAAUCAACCGUCUGAUCACCUCGGUUGACCCAGAGACUGUGGAAGCGAUCGAGGGGUCUGUAAAGCGACUGGAGAGGUCAUUUGGUGAUGCUCUCGACAGCGGUCGCCCUUCAAAACAGCAUAGACAUGCACAAUCAGAUUCCUUACUCACAGCCACAGUCGGUCAACGACGCAAAGCUCGUUGGGUUCAGGUCGGUAGUAUUCGCACGUCACUCAGUGCAUCCAAGUAUGCACUUCCAUGGAUGCACACAGUGACGUGCCGAUGCACCAGUGCAUCCUGCGAUCCACGCACACCGAGGAUUUUCUGCCAACCGCUCAGCCACGUAUGCGCUCGCUCUGCCUACACAUCUUACAACUGA